AUAUGAACACUUCAGACCUACACAGUCAGUCGUCGGUGAAAGGCCGCGUUGGUGAACUCAACGUUUGGUGAAAGGCCGCGUAGUAUUUCAAUAACAACGUUAUGGGAUGGUGGGUUAUCUUCAGUAAGAUUUUUGCAGUCCUUAAAGUGUAACUGAAAGAUUUUCCAAAUAAACCCGACAGGAAAUAGCGCAACCUUAACUGACUUUAAAGCUUACAUUGUCUUCCAGUACCCAAUAUGCGAUGUUGAACACAAGCAUAAUAGGGAUUUUUGCGAUUAUGUUUCUCAACGCGUUGCAUUCCCAUACAUAUUAGAUAAAUAAUCCACGUAAACCUUUCGAAAUCAGAGUAAAGUUCAUUUGCUUAUGGUUGGAAACAAAGUUGCCACUUUCUUCAGCCUUGCUUCACAUUUACUCAAUGGGGACUGUUAUUAUGAGACUGAGUGGCAUUUUCCAGAAUUAGGUGUUGCUUACACAUAGGUCUCACAUGGCCCCUUGUUGAACCAGAUUACCCCCAUAAUCCUUUUCAGUCCACCUCAGACCCUGCUACAAUCUUCAUGGGACUCAGAGACUGGAUGGUACGGAACGCAACAAUACCUAGAUUGCUCUGAGAAACAUACUCCACACUGUCUCUCCAAUUCUUUUUUCACCUGUAUUGUGGUAGUGGCAACCCUGUAGCUAUUACUCCUGAAUCUUUUUCCUUUUUGUGUGCUUUUGUAAUAUCAGGAGUUCUUUAUUGACUUUAUGUGACGUUGGGACAAACACAAUGCCAGCGGUGCAUUGGUGAGGAUCUCACUUUGAUCGAUUUCAGACCAACAAAGGACUACCAAGGAUUUAAUGCGGUUGGAACCCCGCGAAAGUUGUCAGUGAUCCCUGUAAAUAUAAAAUUCUCCAAAUCUCCAUCCAAGGAAAAACUGUAGGCACCUGCAGUGAAACGCCACCUGCGAACAAGUACAUCCUUUGUGUUUUCCUCCACCCGUUCCAGCUUUGUGUUUAUCCGCAAUGGACGAGAUCUACCGGUUGUUUGGUUCGCCUGUAGGGCGCGUCCGCUCGGACAGCACUGCUAGCUCUGCUACCCAGUCCACAGGUAGUCACCUGAUGCUCCGUUUGCGCCUUGCCCAGCUCAUGACCUGCGUGGACGACCUGGACCCCUCCCCAGACCUCCAGGAACAGGUGGCACGCACCUUGGACAAAGCCUUCCGCAUCUGUGGGAAGAGAGUCAAAAGGCCAAAAAGAGAGAACUUUAGGCUCCAUGUGGUAACGUGGAACGUCGCCACUGCCGAUCCUCCGGAUGACAUCAGCUCCCUACUGCACCUGAACUCCCCAAAGUCCCCAGACCUCUACGUGAUUGGACUUCAGGAGGUGUAUGCUGCUCCUCAUCGGUUCAUCAUGGACUUGGCUGUGGAGGACUCCUGGAGCCUUCUCUUCAUGUCCAGGCUGGCUCCCCGAGGCUACCUGAAGGUGUCCUCCAUCAGAAUGCAGGGUCUCCUUCUACUGUUCUUCUCCAGGCUGGCCCAUGUCCCGUUCAUUAGGGAUGUCCAGGCUGCAUACACUCGCACAGGUUUCUUCGGCUACUGGGGCAAUAAAGGUGGUGUUUCCAUCCGCCUGUCCUUCUACGGCCACAUGCUCUGUUUCCUCAACUGUCACCUGGCGGCACACAUGGAGUACGCCUCGCAGAGAGUCGAUGAGUUUGAGUACAUCCUGGACACGCAGACAUUCUACCCCAAAAAGAUGCCACAGAUCCUUGAUCAUCAGCUGGUCUUUUGGUUUGGGGAUUUGAACUUCCGCAUCCAAGACCACGACAUGCAUUUUGUGCGCAACUGCAUCACCAGCCAGAAGUUCAAUUUGCUGUGGAGCAAAGACCAGCUCACCAUGGUGAAGACGAAAGAGGCUCUCCUGCAGGAGUUUCAGGAAGGACCUCUGGACUUUCCACCGACAUUUAAAUUCGACAGGUUCUCUGACAACUAUGACAGCAGUGGUAAGAAGCGUAAGCCUGCCUGGACGGACAGGAUCCUGUGGAGGGUAAAGCCUAAAGAGCCCCCCUCAAAGGAGGAAGUGGACGACAGGGACUCUGGUCUGGAUGAGAAGAACACCAAUCCACAAAUAAAGGAGGACGAGUUCCCUCUGAAACUCACACAGGACUCGUACACCAGCAACAUGGAAUAUGGCAUCAGCGAUCACAAGCCUGUCAUUGGAAUCUUUACACUUGAGUUGAAGAAGAUGUAUGAGACCCCGUUGGUUCGUGUUUGUGCUGAGGGCGAAUGGAGUGCAGACUUCGAUGCCAUGGUGAUCUAUAGCCCCCUUCAGCCCUUCCCGUCCAGCGCCUGGGACUGGAUAGGCCUCUACAGGGUGGGGUUCAGGAGUAUUUCGGACUACAUUACCUACACCUGGGUGAAGGAUGAUGAGGUCUCCUUUAACAACGAGCUUACCCAGGUCUAUGUGAGUAAGGAUGAGAUUCCAGUGCUUGGAGGAGAGUGUGUCCUCUGCUACUACAGCAGUGUGCUGCAGUGCAUUGUGGGUAUCAGCUCACCCUUUAAGGUUCAAGAGUCCAAAGUAGCCUUUGAGGAAGGUCUGGCCCCGGAGAACCUACACAUUCUUGACAAGGCCACAGACAGUUAGAACCUGAGAGUGGAACCAGGUCUCUUACUGGACCAGAAGCAACCUCGUACACUGUCUGACUGUCCUCUAUGCUGUUACAUGUCUGUCUGGUGGCCUGCCUGUCUGCUUGGUGGCUUGUCUGUCUGUCUGGUGGCCUGCAAGCUGCUUCUGGAGUCAUGGAAUGUAACUUUUUUUUUUAUCUAUAGGCCAGUGCACUUAGUUUAUUUUAAUGAUUAAUACAGUUUAACAGUCUAAAAUGAUGGUGAUGACUGUAACCUAUGUGUUUAUUUCUGUUCACAUUUUAAUGUUGAUCCUGUUUUUAAAAUCUGUCGCAGAGAGAUAUUGGCAGUAUUGUUUUUAAGGAAGGCUCAGUGUAUUUUACUUUCACAGUAUUAUGUGUGUUUUAUUUUUUUUGUGUGUUUUUGUUUCCCUUUGAUUGGAUUUAGACAACAUCCUUAAGAUGAAUAUCGAAGGUCAAGGCUGUAAGUGCAGUUCAAAUGGGGGCAGCAGGGCUGCCUAUUGGUCAAGAGCAUUGGACCAGUCAGGUCACUGGUUCUAGUCCCCAAGCCCACCAGUUGAAAAACUGGAUUGAGGAUGGAAAUUGAUCAGAUAAAACAACAUGGAUUCAGCAAGUGCCUCAAAAGAACCUAUAGAUAACAGUCCAACUGAUACUUUGGUACAAAACUGUAAAUUCCUGAGUAUUUAUUGCUGUAUUUGAAGAUGUUACUGUUCUUUUUUUUUUUUUUUAAGAAAUGCAAGUCUUUUCUUGCUUGUAUUGUAUGAAUUGACAUUUGACUUAUAGGAUUUCGUAUAUAUGUUGAAAACGCUUGUACUGUAAAUUCAAUAGUAAGGAUUACUCAAGCCACUAAAUUAGGAGGGCUAUAUUUUCUCAGUAACAUUUUAU